AUGGGUAAUUCAAUUUCAAAAGCUCUAGGCAAAUUAUUCGGCUCAAAAGAAAUGAAAAUAUUGAUGCUAGGUUUAGAUAAGGCCGGUAAGACGACGAUACUGUACAAAUUGAAACUAAACAAAAUUAAGACAGCUACCCCCACUGUUGGAUUCAAUGUCGAAACCGUUACUUACAAAAAUGUGAAAUUUAAUAUGUGGGAUGUAGGCGGGCAACAACGACUAAGACCCCUCUGGAGACACUAUUUCCCUGCCACUACUGCAUUGAUAUUUGUGGUGGACUCUAGCACUGAAGGCCGUAUGCAGGAGGCCAAAGAGGAGCUAUAUAGUAUCAUUGGGGAGAAAGAGAUGGAGAAUGUGGUACUACUUGUAUGGGCAAACAAGCAAGAUUUGAAAGAUGCAAUGAAGCCCCAAGAGGUUUCUAAUUUUUUGGAAUUGAAGCAAAACUUGAAAAAUCAACCCUGGUGCGUAAUCGGUAGUAAUGCUUUGUCCGGACAGGGUCUUGUGGAAGGGUUAUCUUGGAUUUCCAGUAACUCAGACGUUCCCAGAAAAUAG